AUGUACGUUUUGAUAACGCUCUCCCCUUCCUUUUUCAUCCUUAUCAGUGUCGAAUGGCAUGAAUAUUUUUUCCACCACGUGACUCGAAAAGCGAUAGAAAAGCCCGGUAAAAAGCAUGACGAGUACUCGGUCUUCGAUUUGACGCAAGAAGAAUUUCACGAGUUUGAAUUCCAUGUUUCGAAUCCAAAACAGGAGCUGCUGAAAUUCGAAAUGGACUUUGGACAGGACUACGCGGACACAGUUUCAAAACUCGCCCUUUCAUACGGCAAGCAAAACAAGCUUCCUUCCUGGGUCACCACUGGCUCUAUCGUCGGACUUCAAGGCGGAACCGACCGGGUUCUAGAAAUCAUCGAAGACAGCCAAAAAAUCGGCGACAUCGACAUUCAUGGCGUUUGGAUCCAGGACUGGUCUGGGCAGAUUUUCACGGACUUUGGAGACCGAGUGUUUUGGAACUGGCAGUGGAAUAAGACACAAUAUCCGAGCUUAGAUACAAUCCUCCCGGAAAUGGCCGAAAAGGGCGUCUACUUUCUAAAUUACCUCAAUCCGCAUCUCCUCAACACACCCACCUCUGAUCUCUACCUUUACGGCGAAGAACAUGGCUACUUUGUCAAGAACAAAACCACUGGACAGACGUUGGAACAAGUGUUUGGUUUCGAGCCGUUUUUGGUCGUCACUGUCGACCUCAGCAAUCCAGAGGCCGCGGAGUGGUUUAAAAACGAAGUCAUCAUCAAAAAUACCAUCGAGUUUGGAUUCAAGGGGUGGAUGGCGGACUUUGGAGAGUACCUCCCUUAUUCUGAUGAUGUUUUGUUCUUUGACGGAUCAACAGGCAAAGACUGGCACAAUAAGUAUAGCGAAAAGUGGGCAAAUUUGAAUAUGCAGGCCCUCGUGGAAACUGGCACGCUUGGGGAUUGCUUUUUCUUCUCCCGAGCGGGCUGGAAUGGCAUGCGGGCAAGUUCAACUGUCGCAUGGGCUGGCGAUCAAAACGUAGACUUCUCCUAUGGCGAUGGUUUAUUCACGACAAUUCCAGCCGCCUUAAGCUUGGGAGCAAGCGGAUUUGGCAUAACACACUUCGAUAUUGGCGGUUACACUGGUAUGCCGCCGCUGAUUAGAACCGAGGAGCUCUUCCUACGAUCCGCUGAGGCAGCGAUUUUCACGCCGAUCAUGAGAACGCACGAGGGAAAUCGACCGUUUGAAGGAUUCCAGUACUAUUGCAACAUUUGCAGCAAGAAACUCUUCGGCCGAUUGGUCAAGGUCCACAACGUGCUAGAGAAGUAUAUCGACUUUCUAAUGGGCGAGAACGCUGAGCAGGGUAAACCGAUCCAGAGACCAAUGAUCUGGCUGGAAGACAAGGAAGAACUCAGAUCGGUUGAUACUCAGUACUACUUUGGAGAUGAUAUGGUAGUUGCGCCGGUUUUGAGGGGAGGCAUGGAGAAACAUACGCUUUAUAUUCCAGAGGGAACCUGGGUUUGGGUUUGGAACUCAAACGUGCAAGUGACGGGCCCAGUGAGCAACUUCGAAAUCGAAUCCCCGAUCGGCUAUCCCGCCGCCUUCUAUCGGCUUGGCUCAGCUUUUCAGAACGAUUUUGAACGGAUUCAGGAGUUCUACGAUCUACCCUUAGGAUGCAGAGACUUCAAGAACAUCUUCCCAAAUUGCAAUGAUUACCUUCCAGAAGGAAAAAUCAAAAGAAGAGCUCAAUUCAGGAAUGCGUUUUUAACCCAUUGA